UUCAUCCACAUCUUGUCUUCAAGCUUCAACUUCAACAUGACCAACCUAUUUGCUCUGUGUCUCAUCGUCACUACUUUGUCUGCCGCAGGACUCUGGUCUCCCCCUCCUUCGCAACAAGAUGUUAUUGUUAAAGAAGGCCAUCGAGUGGUUGUGGUCGAGUAUGGCGACCAAGAUCAACACAAUACUAAAGUUUCCAUCUCUUCCCAACCCGACCAAGAUGUCAAAGAUUCCGAAAGCCACCGCACCAGAGAUCUUAUUUGCGAUGUCUACGGAAAAUGUAAGCAUAAGGUAGCCAGCGCUGUGGAGAAAGCUAAAGUGAUGGUUUCCGAAACGGUGCAGGAGGCCCACGAUGUUGGAGAGGCUGUCGCCGAUGCAUUUGAUGAAGCCAAAGACACAAUUUCAGACAAAUCCCACCAAACGAAAGAGGCUGUUUUGGGGAAAGCACGUGAAUGGAAAGAGGGUGCAAAGAAGACAGUGAAAGAAGCCAAAUCAAGAGAAGAGGACGUUGUGGAAGGUGCUGAACGGCUGGCAAGGGAGACAGGAGAGAAGAUCAAAACGGGGGAAAACAGGCUGAAGCAGAAUCUGAUGGGCAUAGUUGAUAGAGGGGUAAAGGUAAUAAAGUAUUCAUUUAGGCACUUGGGUUUUGGUACGGAUGUGUUGGGUCUGUUGGGAUUUGCUAUGGCUUUGGGAAUGGGCGUGUGGGUUACCUUCAUUUCUAGCUAUGUGCUGGCGAGUGUGCUGCCAAGGCAGCAGUUGGCUGUGGUACAGAGCAAGAUAUAUCCCGUGUAUUUUAAGGCCAUGGCUUCCUCAAUUGGGAUGGCUCUAUUUGGGCAUUUAUUCAGACGCGCAGAAUGGAAGUUUCCAAUUCCAAAAAAUGCUGAAAUUGUUCAAGGAUACGUACUUGUGGCAGCACUUUUCAUGAUUUUUGCCAACUUUCUCUACAUGGAGCCUCGAGCCACCAAGGUAAUGUUUGAGAGAUUAAAAAUUGAAAAGGAAGAAGGACGAGGAAUAGAGGAUAUAGGCGGUGAGCCAGGGAUUGGGAAUGUGAAUGAUAGUCCCCCAGCAAUCACAACCACCACACCCACACAAGUGGUAGACCGAGAAGUGGUGAAGUCUAGAAUAGUGGGGUUGAAUAAGAGGCUAAAGAAGCUGAAUUCAUAUUCAUCCUUGUUAAAUCUGCUCACUCUCAUGGCUCUUACUUGGCAUCUUGUGUACCUGAGUCGGCGUUUUUGCAAUCCGUGCUAAUACAACACUAUUCUCCAGCUUGUGCAUAUAUGUGUGUAUAUAUAUUUUAGCUUUUGAGGAGAUGAUGCUACUGUUUUUUGGUUUGUUCAUACUCCAAAAAUUAGUAAUGUCUCUAACUUAGAUUGUUCAUUUUCUGCUUAA